AUGGGGACUCUGAUGGGUCCGUACGGGAUCGACCGAGCGGUUCACUCCAUGGAGUUCACUGACUGUGAGCACGGCCUGGGCAUCAAGGUGAUCGGGGGAGUGAAGGAGUUCACUGGAGAGGAGUUUGGAGUCUACGUCAAGAGGAUUUUACCGGGUGGCCUUGCAUCAAGUGAUGGAAACCUGAUGCCAGGGGACCAGAUCCUGGAGGUGAACGGCGACAGUCUGGUGGGAGUCACCAGUGAAAGAGCGGUGGACGUGUUGAGAGCAGCUUCAGCCACGAGCCUCAUGCGCCUCCUCAUCGCCCGAGACGAGGAGGCCAAGAGAGAAUUUGCCGAGCUGCUGGAGAAGUACGGCACCGAGUCGACCCGCAGCUCGCCCGUCCAGCCAGGUGGCCGCUACCUGGACAGCACAUCGUCCGGGUCCUCGUCUCGCUCCCAGAGUCCUUUGCUGCUGAGUCCGGCGGGCUCUCAGAACACGUACAGCACCGCCGGGCCCAUGCUGCGCUCCCUCAGUCAUCCAGGUGAAGGAGUGAUUCAGCUCAUUUCAUUGGCGAGGUCCAGCAGUCUGGGCAUCGUCAUCGGGGGAGGGGCCAACCGGCCCGACGGGCCCGCCGUCUUCAUCCAGGAGGUCCUGUCUGGAGGGGACUGUCACCGGGACGGACGUCUGAGGCCCGGAGACCAGCUGAUCGCCGUCAACAAGGAGUCCCUGAUCGGUGUGACCCACGAAGAGGCCAAAGGCCUGCUGAGCAAAGUCAAAGUCAGCCAGGACAGCGCUGUGGAGGUGGCCUUCAUCCCGGGGAAAGGACUCUUCCCCACCAGCACGUCUCUCCACAACGGGGUCCAUCGCGCCGCCGGCCACAGCUCUGGACGCCUGAAGGUCCACGUCAGGGCCCCGCAGAUCUGUACAGAGGAGCCGGGGCCAGUGAUCUCCCCUUCUCCUGACAUCUGCCCACCAGAUAUUCAUAUUUCAGGUUCCACCAGCCCGAGGUCGCCAACCGGGGUCAAGCCGAAGAUCACGCUGGACCCCAACAUACGACUCAAGUCAGACAAGCUCUCUCAGGCCUUAUCCUUCCUCGGGUUGGAGGUCACAGAAGAGAAAAGGAACGAGUUGAAACAGAGUCUGACACCAGACCCACAAGGCACUGUGGCCUAUGGAGACUUGGUGGAGGCGACCCGGUCCGUGUUCCAGCAGAACCUGGAGGAGCUCGGCUUGGGGGCGGGGCCUUUCAUGUUCUCCUAUCACGAAGCAGCUAGCUUGAUGGACACGUACGCCUUCCACUCCCCGACAUAUGAAUCAGAAUGCAGCUACAGCAGUGAGGAAAUGGAGCAGUUUCAGAUGGAGUUGAAGCAGCUCAAGGUGAUGCUGAAGGACAUGGAGCACAGCAAGAGGUCUCUGGAGGAGGAGCUGCAGAGGAGCUCAGAGAAAGCCUCUCUGACCGUGGAGGAGAACGGCCGUCUGAAGACCCGCCUGCAGGCGGCCGAGGCCGGCGGGGCGGAGCAGGACUACGAGGAGGUCAUCGGGCUCCUGGAGGCCGAGAUCAGGGACCUGAAGAACCAGCUGGCCAGCAGGAGGCAGGCAGGAGGACCCGAGUCCUCAAAGGAGGAGGCUCUGGACAGGAAGCUGACGACUAUCGACUGCCAGCUGAAGAAGUCGGAGCGGAGCAGGAAGCAGCUGGAGGUCUCCAACAAGAGGCUGCUGGGCUUCGCUCAGAACGUCCACAAGGUGCUGACGGCACCGAGCCUGUCUGGAGCCGAGGGCGGGAGCAACGGGUCGUCUCCAGCCACCGACGCCCCGUCUCCACUUCCUGAUCCCGCCUACCAGCUGGCGCUGGAGGCCAGAGAGCUGGUGAUGGGAGUCGACACCGGUUGGCAGAGUCACCAGUGA